AUGUUAAAGAUGCGGUCGCGUGAUGCACUCCGAUCACAUGCCAAUAACCAUUGUGAUGCUCGUUUGAGGGGUUUACGAGUGCGUUUACAGACACGCAAAAUGGAUUAUCUGAAUAAACUGCGCUCAACAGUGACAUCGGUUGCUGCACAAGUAAGUAAUGCGCUACCGGGUAAUCCAGUCACACGCGACUAUGAAAUUGUAUCGCAGAUUGCAUCUGCAGGACCGGGCCUCAGCUGGAAGAUCUACGCUGCGCGCAAACAUUCCACUAAGCAGGCUGUUGCUGUAUGGCUAUUCGAGAAGAAAGAUUUAGAUAGGUGGCCGAGACAUGAAAGAGAAUUAUUUAUUGAUGUUCUUAAAAGAGGUGUAUCUCAGCUAACACGGCUUAGACAUCCACGUAUCCUUGUUAUUGAGCAUCCUCUCGAAGAAUCUCGAGAUUCAUUUGCGUUUUGUACGGAACCAAUAUUUGCGAGUUUGGCCAAUUGUUUGGGACGAUACGAAAAUAUCCCAUCUGGCAUGCCAUCGCAUUUGGCGGACUUCGAACUUCUGGAUAUUGAAAUCCGGCAUGGUCUUUUUCAAUUAGCUGAAGCACUGUCCUUUUUGCACAUCGAUGCACGUAUGCUUCAUCGCAAUAUAUGCCCGGAAAGUGUCAUUGUGAACGAGAAAGGUGCUUGGAAGUUGGCAGGAUUCGAUUUUUCCGUUCAGGCGACGACGUCUGCAAAUGGACAAAUGCAAUUUGAUAUGAUUGAAUGGAAUGAGAGGACAAUGUCAUUAGUGCAACCAUCGUUGGAUUAUUUGGCACCGGAAUACAUAUUAGGUGGACGAUGUGAUACGUAUGCCGAUAUAUUUUCAUUGGGUAUUUUAUCGAUUGCUGUAUUCAAUCGUUGCCGACCACCGUUCGAUCACCGAAAUUCUAUUGAUACAUUUCGAAAAAAUGCUGAGAAGUUGAAGGCGUUGCCUAAUUCAGUACUGGUCAAUCUUCCAGCGCAAUUGCGCGACGAUGUGAAGAUGUGUCUCAACUUCACACCUGAUCUUCGACCUGAUGCGACACAGUUUUCUAAGAUAAUAUAUUUCGAUGAUGCAACGAUGAAGACAUUCAACUAUCUUGACUCGUUGUGUCAAAUGGAUAAUGCUCAAAAAAUGCAGUUUUUCAAAGCGUUACCGCAAGUUUUGAAAAAUUUCCCUAAGCGUCCUCUACUGCAAAAAGUAUUACCGUACUUGUCGGCUGAAUUCACGACGGCUGACUUGAUUCCAUUCAUCUUGCCAAGUAUAUUUCUCAUCGCUGAACAGUCGACUGACUCUGAAUUUGCAUCUGUUAUUUUACCGCAGUUGAUUCCGGUAUUUUCAAUGGAUAGACCCUAUCAAAUUGUAUUGAUGCUGUUACAAAAAAUGGAAUUACUUCUGCAGAAAACGCGUGAAGAUGAUAUCAAACGAUAUGUUUUGCCACUUAUCUAUAACGCGUUAUCGAACGAGAUCACUAAAAUACAGGAACUUUGUUUGUCAAUAAUACCGAAUGUUGGUAAACUGGUGGAUCGUGAUUCAAUGAAGACACAUCUUUUACCGAAACUUUUACGUUUGGCGAUGGAAGAUGGAGUUUUAUCGGUUCGAGUGCAAGCGUUGAUUUGUCUUGGUAAACUGUUACCGACGUUGGAGCCAUGGAUGGUCUCCGAUCAGAUAUUACCGUCAUUGUCAAAGAUAAAUAGCAAAGAACCUGGUGUUCUGAUGGCAAUACUUGGUAUCUAUAAAUUGGCAUAUGAGAACACUCGUUUUGGUAUAUCACGUGAGCAGUGUGCCAGGAGUGUUCUACCGUUCCUUAUUACAACAUCGGUUGAAAAUACACUCAACUUGCAUCAGUUUGAGCAGUUUUUCGCCAUGAUACACGUCAUGCUGAAAAAGGUAGAAACCGAGCAACGACAACGACUUGAGCAAUUAAGUGCGAGUCAAGAAGAGCAGCGUAAUAUACUCGAUUUCAAUGAAGUGAUUGCGAACACUGAAGCGAAGAGAAACGUGGGGCCGUUGAGUUUGGAAGAGAAGAAGCGUUUAGCUGCUGAACAAGAGCAGAAUGUGCGUAUGCGAGCACAGCCAAGUAUUCUGCAACCGUCCUCUGGUCAGAGUGCUUCAGUCUCCAAAAAUAUAUCAAUCUCAAAUCAGAUGAAGCCUGUCCCAAAAUCAGCAUUACCCAUGGAUUCGUUACUGGAUUCACCUCUGACGACGUCACUUCUUCCGCCGUCAACACUCGCAGCAAAUCAAACAUCCGCCAGCGUAGCUACACCGGCCAUUGAUCUGUCUGAAUUCCUGACUCCUUCGUUGAGUAAAGCAAGCAUGCCAGCAGUCAAGUGUACGAGUUGGGACGUUAGCUGCGCUUUGAAUGCAACCAAAAUCGGCAGCAAUUCGUCCAAUUACAUCAACUUUCCUGCGACGCCUGCAUUUGGAGCAGCACCGAGCAUUGAGCAGCAAUUUGGUGGUAACUUGAACUUCUCUUCGUCGUCCUCCUCAGCGAUAUCCGCUCUUCCUCAACCACCACAAUCACAAAAUCCUGUACACCGUCAGAGUAUGUCAUCAACUGGAAGGGGAACAUUGCAGUCAUCAUUUACAAAUCUUCGACCGAAUCAUCCGACGUCAUCGUCGAAUUCUGCAAAACGGGAUUUAUCCGCGUUCGAUAAUCUGUUGUCCUUUCAAAAAUCUUCGUUCAAUUCGUCCUCUAGUGCUGGCAAUAUGCCAGUGAAUAACAUGAUGAUGAUACAAUCGAAAAAUCUCAACGUUCCUUUCGAACAAAAACCAAAGAAGAUCACUACAAAUGGUAAGGAUCCCUUUGCGAAUCUGUUCACUUGA